CUGUAGAGCUGAGCAGGAGGAUGUCGUGCUGUUUUCAGAGCCUCGUGGGUCCCCGUAGUCACGUGGUCUAUGCCGGAAGUGAAGCAAACACGCGGUGGUGAAAGCGCGCUCCGGUCCGAACCUAGGGUAACCCGAGCAGAACUUGGUCCUGGUUUCUGUUUAUUCACGUGACAUCAUGGUGGAGGUGGCUGCCGUACCAGGGCAGUUUGAUGACGCGGAGGAGGACAACCGUGACCAACCACAGUGGGUCAUGAGUGACAUCACUCAUCCUUCAUUAGAACAGUGGGAUGACAGUGGUGAUGAUGAUGAUGAUGAUGAUGAUGAUGAUGAUGAUGAUGAUGAAGAUGAUUGGGCGUGGACUUCAUCUUCAGAUUUGACCAAAAGGGCCAACCGGACUGGCACCAACAGCCAGGCCAACAGACAGAACCCGUCUAACAGGACGGGUCCGUCUGAUAAGGUUCUGAGGAAAUACGAACACAAGAUCAACCUGGAUAAACUCAGGUUUGAUGACUCUGUGAUCAACAAGGUGACUGCAAUGCAGAAGCAGAAAGACACAGAUACGUACAGAGUGAAGGACAAAUCGGACCGAGCCACAGUGGAGCAGGUUCUGGACCCACGGACUCGCAUGAUUCUGUUCAAGAUGCUGAGUCGGGGAAUCAUCUGUGAGAUCAAUGGCUGUGUCAGUACUGGAAAGGAGGCUAACGUUUAUCAUGCUAGCACCUCUUCAGGAGACAGUAGAGCCAUCAAGAUCUACAAGACCUCCAUCCUGUUGUUCAAAGACCGGGACAAGUACGUCAGCGGGGAGUUCAGGUUCCGACACGGUUACUGUAAAGGAAACCCCAGGAAGAUGGUGAGAACUUGGGCAGAGAAAGAGAUGAGGAACCUCAUCAGGCUGCAGACAGCAGGAAUCCUGAGUCCAGAACCUUUGCUGCUCAGAAGUCACGUUCUGCUGAUGGGCUUCAUCGGAACCGACAGCAUACCGGCUCCUCUGCUGAAGAAUGCAGCUCUGUCAGAGUCCAAGGCCCGGGAACUCUACCUUCAGGUUGUGCAGAACAUGAGAAGAAUGUUCCAGGAUGCUCAUUUAGUUCAUGCUGACCUCAGCGAGUACAACAUGCUGUACCACAACGGAGACGUCUACAUCAUCGAUGUGUCCCAGUCGGUGGAGCACGACCACCCCCGCGCCCUGGAGUUCCUCAGGAAAGACUGCAGCAACGUGAACGAAUUCUUUGUGAAACGAGGAGUUGCAGUGAUGACGGUCAGAGAGCUGUUCGACUUCAUCACAGAUCCGUCAAUCACCUGCAUGAAUAUCCAGCAGUACCUGGAGAAGGUAAUGGGGAUCGCGGCUGAGCGGACAUCAGAGGAGCGGUCGGAUCAGGAUCGUGUGGAUGAGGAGGUGUUUAAGAAAGCCUACAUCCCUCGUACACUGACGGAAGUCAGGCAUUAUGAGCAUGACGUGGACAUGAUGAGGGCCAAGGAAGAUGAGUCAGCCAUCAGCGGCCACGAGGACAGCGUUCUGUAUCGGACUCUGACGGGCCUGAGGAAGGACCUCUCUGGAGUUCAGACGGUUCCAGAGCUGCUGACAAACAAUGGGUCUUCCUCAGAGGAGGAGGAGGAGGAGGAGGAGGAGAAGGAGCAACAGUCUGAGGAGGAGAAGGAGACUACAAUGGAGAAAAAGGAGAGGAAGAAGAUGGUGAAAGAAGCUCAGAGAGAGAAGAGGAAGGCCAAAGUCCCUAAACACGUGAAGAAGAGAAAGGAGAAGGUGUCCAAGAUGAAGAAGGGCCGAUGAUAGUAAAGGAGCCAAUCACAGUCCAGUUGUCUGCAGCAGCAUUAGACUUGUUACCAUGGUGACAGAUGGAGGCAUCUCCAUGAAGUUAUUAAAGUUUUCAGAUUGUUA